GAGGCCGGAAGACGCGGUGUAGGUAGGGUUGUUGUCAUGUAGGAAGUGUGAGUUUGUUGGAAACUUCCGGAAACUUUCAGAAACUUCGUCGGCUGUACGGCUGAUUUUUAAACAUGAGGAGGCUGUUGACUGUGAAUCGGGUUGUUCGGGAGUUGCAGCGAGUUUUCAUCAUUGUCCUGUCGCUUCCAGUGCUGGAGGGCUCGCACUAUCUGGGCGACUGCUCCCAGCAGGGCCUAAAUUGUACAGUUCUAUCUGGCAACUGUUUGGAUAGCAGCUGGUUUAAAUCCUCUGUGUGGACACCUUCAUUUCCUAAAGACCUUCGGGUAACCAUAACCAGGCAGGGGAAUGCUAGUGGAUUCCACAAGCCUGUACUGUCCAUUAGUUGGAAAUUGAGAACAGAUGCUAGUAUAAAUUAUUCUCAAGGAAUAGAGAUCUCUUUGGCAAAAUGGAGCACAGGAGAGAGAAAGUGCAUACAAUACCGGUUCAAUAACAGAAUAACAAGCCAAGUAAAUCCACAAGGGAAGAAGUGGGCUUUCUUACUGGAGAGGUUUGAGGUAGAUCCAGACCAGAAAUACACAGUGACAGCAUGCAGUUUACCAAGAGCCAACAUCAAUCAAGAUAAUGAUUGUCCAAAAGUAAAUUAUACUGUACCAGGUUGCAGUGAUGACUCAAUCAAGUAUACAGAAGUUUGCAAACGAAGAGGCAGUCUAUGGAAUCCUGAUAUUACAUACAUCAGAAGUGAAAUGAAUGUGACCAUCAUCUUCCAGACUGGAAAUUAUUCUUCUAAAUACAUAGUCUUGUUGCAGAGUCGUGAUUCAAAUAAGAUCUGCAAUCAUGCUAAGAAAACUUUUGACGAGGUAGUGGAACAAAGAGUAAAUGUAACUUUUUCAACUGAAAACUGGAUGCAAAGCUGCACUGCUUAUGAAAUUAAGAUUAUUCCAUUUUUUGAAGGCUGCCAUCAUGACUGCAAACAGGUUAUUGUAUUUGUCCCUGAGCCAGCAACAACACAGAUGACGAUGACAACAACAACAACAAAAUUAACAAGUUCGACUCCAGCUGAGAGAACACAUUUCUUUGCUGGCAUUUGUGUAAUCAUUCUGAUGAUUGUGUUUGGCUGUACAAUUUGGGUACAGAUAAAAUCCAAACCAAAUGAAAUAAUGAAACUACCAGAAAAGCCAUCUCAUGUUGUACACCAAGGAUUUCCACAGGUGCAAAAGAAAGUCCUGAUCAUUUAUUCGCUGGACCAUAACCUCUACCAGAAUGUUGUUCUAGCAUUUGCACAGUUCCUGAUGACUGCCUGUGGUACCAAAGUGACUUUAGAUUGUUUACAGAGUAAUGAGGCUGCAGAAAUCGGGCACAUGAAUUGGCUCACAUUACACAAAAACGAGUCAGACAAGAUUAUCAUUCUAUGCUCCCGUGGAACAAGGGCGAAGUGGGAAGCAAUGCUGAGUAUGAAACAGAGAAAGAUAUUACUGAAAAGUGAAGAACGCUCGCCAAUGCACGACAUGUUUACUCCUGCCAUGAACCUGAUUUUGCCAGACUUUAAACGGCCAGCUUCAUUUGGAAAAUACAUUGUUGCAUAUUUUGAUGACAUCAGCAGUGAAGAUGAUAUACCUGAUCCCUUUAAUGUUGCCGUGAAGUACAAACUGAUGAAACAGUUUGAAGAAAUACACUUCAGAGUGCAGGAUUUGGAAAAAUAUGAGCCAGGAAAGACUUUCCAUGUGGCGGGAAUAGCACUGGAUGAUUAUCACAAAUGCCCAUCUGGUGAAAUAUUGAAAAAUGCACUUGAGAAGUUUAAGUUGUUACAAAUGGAACAGCCAGACUGGUUUGAAAAAGAAUGCAUCACAUCCCCAGAGGAAGCAGGGAUGGAGGAAGAAUCAUCUUUUGAUUUUUCGGCAAUUGAUCAAAAUGUCUUGCAAUAUCAGCCUUUUGGUGUGCCUUGUACUGUGAAUGAAGUAUGCAUGGCCAAAUCAAAUGAUGAGACAUUUGUACAGUACCCAGUAGGAUUUGAGGAUGCAGUCCAAGACAUGGGUUUGUCACAAAAUGUGAUUGGAAUAGACUGCAGUGAAGCACAGGUUCUGAACCCAAUACGCACCUUGGAGCCAUUGUAUCGUAUAUCCACAUUGGACUGCAGCCAGACUGUUUUAAACUACCCUAAUUUUGAGUCUCCUCCAAAGGCAGAAGGAUCAUUGAAAUUGGAAAAGGAUUGUAUGAUGCAGAAUGACAUCAGGACUGUUCCUCAAUAUACUUGUGAAAGCAACAUCACAGUGAAUGAAGCUGUUAUGGACUCUGGUGGUGAACAGAUUUCGGGUAUUUCUGAUGAUGUAAAGAGGAGACUUCAAGACCUUCAACAGAUGCUCCUCCUCCGGGAUUUCAUGUCAUCUGUGGACUCAGCCAGUGAGGUUGCUGGAUAUCCACAAUCUCUCUCUCUCCUAGAGAAAAAAGAAAAUACAGAUUCAGACCAGGGCUAUAGCUCCCAACAGUCGGUUGAUGAAAUUCCAUUAGGAAGUGUGAGCAUUUCUUCUGAUGUAUUAAAUGACUUAAAGAUGCUGCAGAUGGCUUUACUUAAUGAAAGCAUGGGAAUGACUGAGUAGAAAGCGAGCGCAUUGCUCAAUGCAUAAGACAUGCAGCUAGCUCUCUUAAUGAUUCAAGACAGUGAAUAUUGGCAUUUUUUUGAUAGGUAUGUCAGUCUUAAUAUUUAAGCUUUGUGUGUAUGUACAUUUGUGUGUGUGUGUAUAACAUACAAAAUCUAUUUUUAAAACAAAUGUCUUAAGCAGAUAUAAAAUUCUCAUAGAGAACAGAAUAAUUUUGUGGUCCUGGAUGUGGUUCUGUUUGGAUUUGUAUGAGAAGGGUGCUAUAAAUAUUGUGUUGGUAAAAUGGACUCUAACUCCAAAGUCCGAGACUCGCACAGGUUUGAAAUAAAAUCUGAAUAUAGAUUUAAUUGAAAUAGGAUUCGCUGUAUCCUCAGUUGCAAAACUUGUUGGACUGAAAUUUAAAUAUGUGCCAAAGCAUUAAUCCUGGACAAACACAGGACAUAAGUGUUUCUUUAUUUAUUUUGUUUAAAAAAAGCCAUCUCCAAUGUUGUUGUUGUUGUGCCCUAAAUUAGGGUAGAAACUGGUUUCAAAAUUAUGGUACAAGAAUUUACAGGGAAUACACAAAUCUACUGCUCCCUGCUAUUUGCUGGAAGAAUGUCAUUAAACAAUAUGGCAAGGUUAUCAUAUUAAAAGAUAGCAGCAUUCAGAAGGAGAUUGCAACAAGAUUCCCAGAAUGUAUGGUCUUAAUCUUAAUUUUGUUCUUGCUUAACUUUACUGUGAAGAUUUGAUAUCCUGUUGUGAUUAAGGACUUUGUUUCAUCUCGGAAGACAAAUUUGUCUGGAAGGUGUAAUGCAUUACCCGAUCAUUGCAUGAAGUACUGCUUCAAUUACAGGUGAGCCUCUGCGAACUUUCACAGCAUUUGAGAGCUAACAGGUUGGAAACUCUUGUGAGUGUUGCACAUUCUUGUAACUGAAAAUGUGCAAUUCAAGAAAGGUUUUAGUUGGGGAUUAGAGAAGGAACUGGGGAUAGAAAUUGGGGCCUCCAUCAGAGUGGGGGGGGGGGGGAGAAAGGGAAGCCUGGCUGGUUGAGGGGAUUAAGAGGAUUUGGGAAAAUUGUUGGGUGGUAAGGGAAGUUCAGGCAUGAAUAGUCAGGAAGGAGGAGGAGAUUGGUGGGUGGAGGUGGGGGAGAAGCCAGUACUGUGGGGAGCCUGAAAGAUGGGAUGUGCAUUAGUGAGGUCACAGUCCAGCAAAGUGGUGAAGAUCUGAUUGCCCCAGGACUGCCCAAUGGUGGUCGUUCAGGAGUCAAUGUGGUCUAAUUUAUCCUGUAAUGCUCCAUAAGGAGGGUUUGCACAAGGGCUGACAUAGUUAGAGGUGUGUCUGAUGUAAAAGAGGUGUUAGAUGCACAAGUGCAAAUUGCAUUGAAAUGUGUUGAAUUGUGCCUUGUUGAAUAUUUGGGACAACACGAAACCCAGAAAUAGUCAUUAUUGUGUUUCAGUUUAUGGCAACUCAUCUUGAUCCAGAGGAACAGUCUUAGAACUAUAAGUUUCAGACCUUAAAAAGCUCAAGUAGUGCUUUGUGAUUUGAUUUCUAAACCAUUAUGUUUUGGAUUAGUGCAAUAUCAUACUCAAUGUUAAGCACAGAUAGGUUAAUUCCCAGUAAAUGAUGAACCUUGAUAAUGUUUGCCGCAAAAAGCAAAUGUCAAAUGUUGUCAUAAAGUAGUGGUGAAGAACAGUCUUUAUUAGGAAUCAUUUAAUCAAGAGAAUUAUUAUGGAAAUUCUAGAGAAUGUAUAUGAUAUAUAUGUGCUGUGCUUGUGUAAUUAAUGUCAUUGUAUAUUGUAAUUAACAUGAAAUGAAUAUUUUAACAAUGAGAAUCUCAUCUUAGCUGCUGACUUCUAACAUGUCAAUAAAUGUUUUUAUUCUAA